CCAAUAUGCGAGCGGCUACAGCUGCCUGCUUCAAGAAAAAUGAGUACAGAGGAAGAAAUCAAAGAAAUCGAAGAAACAAACACCGACCCGAAUAUGAGCGGGUCUCCAUCGAACCCGAGCCCUAAGGCCAGGUCCGUGAGGACAAAAGUGCCGGAGGUGGAGAUCCACCUGUACCGGCAGGGCAAGGGUCCAAUCGACGUCUUCAAGUCGAGCUUGGGAGGCUGGGACCAGAACCAGCUGGAGGUACGAGACAUCCUCGAAAAGUACGGAUUCAAGUCGGUAUAUGCUUUCUCUCCUGGUUCGGGUCGCAGCGUCCCAAUCAGAUUUCACUCCAAGAAUGGCAGGUCUAUACUCGGCUACAAGGAUGGAUCCGUCAUUCAUGUUGAUGGAGAACCUAAAGAUUCGUUGAUCAAACCUGUGACCAAGAUCGUGGUUGGGGUAGCGGUAAUUACUCUUUUGAUAACAUUGGUAUCGAAGGAAACUCCGGCGUGGAUGGAGAAAUUGAACGUGUUUGGGGGCAGCUUCCCUCCUUGGAUCCUUGCUUGCAUGGUUAUUGUUUUCACUCGCAUGAGGAAGAGAACUAGGGAUUUCUUGAAGAAGUACGGUUGGUGAAUCAAUUCAACAGUUGCUUAAGUUUUGAUUACUUUGUGUACUGUUUUUUUCCUUGUCUACAGUAUGGUUUUGUUGUUUGAUGGUAAUAGAUAACCCUUGUCAAGAAGGUUUUCCUAUUUCAAUCAAUAUGUUAUCUUUUGAUUACUGAAAUUCUCUGGAGUGUUGUGCCUUU